CAUUAGCUACGAUCGUUGGACUGAAACCAACUGAAACCGUGUGGCAAUUUCUACACGAGUGAAGUCAGCUAUUGUCGCAACUGCUGGCGUAGUUUCGGUGGGUUAUAACGGCGGCAGCGAGCGAACCGGCGCAAUGAGACUAGUUCGAAAGGCCAGGCGCUAAGCCUCCAGUUGUAAUCCAACCACGGAGAAGAGAAGAACGUCGGACAUCCUCUCCGUCUGCGGUGUAAAGACGCAACAUAUUAUCGUCGUACGUUUACCUUCGAAGAGACACGUGUUUUCUCAUUCGAAUGCCGAGACGCUUAGUGGGUGAUAACAAGUGUUCCUCUCCGCUGUUACCUGGCACUAUUCGUCGCUCGAAACUGUUUUACCUAACACCGCGGCUACACCCUGCAGUGACAAUUCCGACUCCUCGUCAUACUCGGAGUGUAUUAUUGUUGUACGAUGUCAAGUAGUGUGUGCCAUGCCCCGCUUCCAGCCCGAAUGGAAGCCUUCACCACCAGGCUCUGUCUGCGAGCUGUCGACCAGUAUGAACGCCUUCUUCAGGCUCACUUCAACAAGGUUUGUUUGCUUACAGCCCUCGAGCAAGGAGCAGCCAUCACGUUUAAGGCAUGAAUCGGCUUCGCCAAAGGAACAGCGGCGCCGUAAAGAAAAUCCGGGCUCGUAUUCUGCAGUUACCGCCUUCCGACAAUGGAGAAGGAGCACUUCCGUCGGCAGUAGAUCCGGUUCUGCAAACUCGAAACUUCCCAAUGACCCAGCAACGGUACGAAGACUCGAACAAUUCCCCCUUGUGCUUUCCGACACGUCCAUGCCAGAUGAAGAUUUAUCCUUAAAAUUUCUCGCUCUGAAUGCACUCGAUCUUACUGCGCCAGCAAGCGACGUGUUGCUGAAAAACCGCCUGAAGUCGUGGUUUCAAUUAUCGGGACAUCCGGAUGGUUUUGCUCCAGCUGGACCUGGAACAGUGUGGAAAAGGCGUACGGGAGGCGCGGAGAAUACCGAAAGAAUGGUAUACGAGGCGCUGAGCAAAGAUGAAACGAUGAGAGAUUGCGUGCCACGGUAUUAUCGUGAGGUGGAGUACAAAGGGGACACGUUUAUUGAACUUCAAGACCUACUUUUCGGUUUCAACGACCCGCACGUGAUGGACAUUAAAAUGGGUACGCGUACCUUUCUCGAGUCUGAAGUUUCCAAGACAGCAGCCAGGCCGGAUCUUUAUCAAAAAAUGGUUGCCGUCGAUCCGGAUGCCCCUACUAUUCAGGAACACGAACAGCGAGCUGUUACUAAGUUGCGAUACAUGCAGUUUCGCGAACAACAGAGUUCGACCUGUAGUCACGGGUUCAGAAUUGAGGCUAUGAAACUGCCGGGUGCACCGCCGAUCACCGACCUAAAGAGGGUCAAGUCUCAUAGCGAGGUUCUUGGCACUAUGGCCAUGUUCUUGAAAGGCCGUGGAAAUACCCGAGAAAAAUUACUUGAGCGGCUCAGAAAUCUUCGGGUCAAAUUCCAACAGUCGACGUACUUCCAAACCCAUGAGGUAAUCGGUAGCAGCAUUUUCAUGAUAUACGACGAGGACAAGGUUGGAGUUUGGCUGAUAGACUUUGCAAAGACCUACAGAGUUUCUGACGGUCAGAUAUUAACCCACAGAUCGGGUUGGGAACAAGGCAAUCACGAGGAAGGAUUUCUUUUUGGGUUAGAUAACUUGAUUUCAACUAUUGAAGAAGUUGAUAUCUCUUCGUAGAAUUUUGCAACCUCUGACUGACAUAUAUUAUACGAAUAUUAUAAUCUUAUUUAAUUAUAUAAAUUAUUGUUUAGUAUAAGAUUUGAUAACGAAAUUCUCUGGUCUGAUUAUAUUGUAUUUUAAGAUUAUAUAUUUAUAAAAGAAAUAUUACUAGAAUAAAUUACCUUCGAAUUA